UGACUUUUCUCUGCUCAUUAAGCUUGUGCCGGCAGAAUGGCCAGUCGAACAGUGAUCAUGUAUGUGGAGAUCGCCUGUUUUGUGUCCUGUCUGAGUGGCUGGGUUUUAAUCUGCUCCACUAUGGUCACUGAAUACUGGAUCGUGUCAGAAAGUGCUGAAGUGGUCCUCGCCGCCGGUGAUUUUUACUCAAACCUUUGGAUGGACUGUGUUUCAGAUGCUACAGGAGCUUCAGACUGUAAAUACUUUCCCUCCAUGAUGGACCUGCCUGCUUUCCUCCACAUCUCCAGGGCUCUUGCUGUCAUCGCUGUGAUCUUUGGCUUUUGGGGGGCUGUUCUUACUCUCAUUGGGAUGAAAUGUACCAAAAUCGGAGGAUCUGAACUGGUCAACGCCAGAAUCACAUUUGCUGCAGCAUUGACAUACAUGGCAUCAGGGCUUUCUGGAAUGACAGUUUAUUCCUGGUGGGGAGAGAAAUCACGCUCUGAAUAUCUGGAUCCAUAUUAUUUGGAUUUAAAGUAUGAGCUUGGUGCAGCUCUCUUCAUCGGCUGGGGAGGCUCGUGUCUGAUUAUAGGUGGAAGUGGAGUCAUGGGCUAUUUCUCUGGAAAAGAGGCUUUUCCCCAAAGUUUUAGUAAACAAUUCAGAAAACCACCAACCUAUUUGACAGCUCGGACCAGACGGACAUACAUGAUGGGCUCCAGACCCACGACAGUGGUGAUUCCUCCGUCGCAGCAGUCCUACAGCAAGAGGAGAGCCAGCAGAGUGAGCAGAGCCAGUCGGGGGAGGACAGAAACUCAAGAAAGUCAGUCUUCAAGAUCUGUUCGGCCUGCCUGGCCUCUUCUAGACUCUGUUGUUUGACCUAUACAAUGCAAUAUGUUUCUGGAUCAACAUCUUUAUUCUUCCUUGAACAGCUUUCCAUUCGGCCUGGGACAGUAGAGGGACAGUAUACAGUUACUUCUCAAUAAAAAUAAGGAUUAGUGCUUCAUUAUUGUUAUUCACCUGUUAUUUCCCUCUGAUUUUAGCAAUAUAUAGGGUGAGGUUUAGGGGUUGGAGUUAGGUUUGGAUUUAAUUCUCGCAUAGGAAUGAAGGUCAAUGAUCAACAAAACAUAACUAAGAAAAAAUAAAGUAGCACAUAUAGGAAAAUCA